UGGCUUUCAACUUUUACUGCUAACACUCGCAUUAACUAGGAAAUUUUGGGAAGCUAAACUUAGAAACACAAAAAUUAGACUGUAAAAUCCGAAGAAUGGAUGCUCAAGGAAACCUGGAUAUGCGGCUGGAUCCGCCGCUCUUCAUGACCUGUGACAUGGAGCAGUUUCGCGAUCCAAACAAGAAGCGUGCCGCCAACGAUGCCUGCGAGGAGCUGGACCAGCUGGAUGCCCAGGACGAGAUCAGUGUGUCGAGUAUCAUCUCGGCGCUAUUGAGACCGAUUGAGCCCUCGGACGAUCAGUACAAGGUGUGCGACUGGGGCAUCAAUCCCAAGCAGUUUAUGCCCACCAAACAGGCGAUCAUUUUCAAGGAACAGUUGUUCAUAUCGAAGCUGCGGAAUACAAACUGCAAGUUAAAUGAAAAUCUAAAAAUCUUCUUUGAGCGGGAGCUUGAGCAGAUUGGACGCUUCUGUUUGAAUGUGGAGGAAUCCUUCGAUGGCUAUGUGAUCUUCAGCAGCAGCAAAAUGAAGAAGGGCAAGGGUAUGACGGAAUGUGGACACCAGUUAAAGGGAAAGUACGAUGACAAGUUCCUCCUCAUCUGCGAGAAGAGAUCGGAGUUCGACCGCAUCGACAAUACUCGGGUGGAGAAGACGCUGGAGUUGCGAAACCAUGCCGAUUUGAUGCUAACCGCCAUUCGCGAAACCAAAAUCAACGAGGAAGUGCAGCGCUUCAAGGCUCGCAUCGAUAUCAAGGAUCGUGAUCAUGUGUUCGUCCUGGACGGCGGGAUAAUGCUGCUGAUGCGACACCUGGUGUGCAACAAUUUUGUGGGCGACUUCGAGUACUACACAAUGAAUUUGUAUGGCCGGGUCCUUCGCUGCAAUCUGGUUGUUUCCAAGGAGCGCAAGGAGGUGCGCAUUUUCUAUCGCACAUACAAGAAUGUCGUGCACAUCUUCACGCAGCAGUGCUUCAACGAUGAGCUUCAGGAUGUGGCCGAGACCUUCAUGACUCCUGAGGGCCGGAUUGUUCUGCAUUAUUGGCGCGGCUAUAACUACCUUUUGCAUGCCGCCUGCAUGCCACCGAAGAGAAAGGAACCCAUCCUGCCCAAAUUGGAACUAAUGUGGCGCCAAAACGAACAGCUUUCUCGCAAGUUCCGGGAGCUCAAAGCCCUCAAUUACGAGAAUGCCACCAGCUAUCUGAGCAGCAAUUCACAGCUGGCCGAUUUUAUGCAGGAUUAUGUGCUCAAUCUGUUGCGGUACAAGCCCAGCAAUGUCCUAGAGUUCUCCAUUAUGUUUUUCCAGAAUAUGGCAAAGGGAUAGGUUGAUUCCUAAUUAGGUAAUGAGUGUUUUCAAAAUUUUAAGUGCUCUUCGGCCUGAUAAUCCUAUAAAUACAUUCGGGAAGGGCCUAUUUAGUAUAUAGUAUAUUUUAGUUUGUAUUUGAGU